AAGCGCGCAUUUGGCGGGCUCGUCGCGUUUAGACGGCGUCGUUCGUGGCUGCUCGUAAGUCUUACGUGCUGUGUGAAGUGCCGAAUAUCCACGUCGCGCAAUGGCUGGCGGUAAGGCGGGCAAGGACUCCGGCAAGGCAAAGGCGAAGGCGGUCUCGCGUUCGGCUAGGGCCGGCCUGCAGUUCCCCGUAGGCAGAAUUCACAGGCAUUUGAAAAACAGAACCACGAGUCAUGGUCGGGUAGGCGCUACUGCGGCGGUGUACAGCGCGGCCAUUUUGGAAUACCUUACGGCCGAGGUAUUGGAGUUGGCGGGAAACGCAUCAAAGGAUCUGAAAGUCAAACGUAUUACACCUAGACAUUUGCAACUCGCUAUUCGUGGUGACGAAGAAUUAGAUAGUCUCAUUAAGGCAACUAUUGCAGGAGGAGGUGUUAUUCCACAUAUCCACAAAUCACUUAUUGGCAAGAAGGGUUCGCAGAAACCGGCAUAAUUUAGCGAUAAUUGACAUUGAACAUUUCAAGAUUCGUGGGCAAACGGGAGGAGGAAAGAGUUGGUCCAGUGCUUGUUAACAAAAUGUACCUAGGUUACUAAAUCGAUGGCGAGACUGGCGUGAUAUAUACAUAGAUAUAUAUAUAGAUAUAUAAAUAAAACAGUAUAUUGAGAUAUAAUUUAAUAUAGAUAAAAAAAAAUGAGAGUUAAAGAAAGACAAAUGUUCAUUGAAAAUUGACAAACGGACAAGACAGGGAGAGGGAACGAGAAAGAGAGAAAGUAAAGGAUUCUAGAUCGAGUAUAGGAAAUUUUUAAGUGUGUCGCGAGCGAUGCGUUAUAGCAUCGCUCGAGAUGACGGCAGUCUUUGGUACAGUUUGCAAUUCUUGAACAUUGCGGAAACAUCAGAGGACGUGUGAAAGCCUGUUCAAUCACUAUGUUUAAUUACUCACGAAUCGAUUAAGCGAUUACUUUAUCAAACCGCCAUCGUUUAACUUGUGUCUCGUUCAGUUUCUCUUUGACUUGCGUCAUGUGCCGCUAAAGACAGAGGUUAAUUUACUCCCAAAUUGACAACGUUUUCAUUUCAUAAUCUCAUAUGAUACACAUAAACGUUUAGUUUAUUGUACGAACUUUAAAUCUUGUACUGCAUAUACGUUCAGUCAGUUGUAUAAUUCUAUACGAAUUAUAAACAAUGAAGACUUUUUUAUCGUCAUUUACGAUAAAAGAAAAGACAUGGCUGACAUUUGUACGCGUGACUUUCAGUAUAGUUUUUUAUUUGGAUAACACCACUUGGCCAAAUUCGUGUAAGAGUACAUGAUAAAAGUUUUGAUCUGCUAGUUAGGUAUUGAAAUCUCGUCUCCCGUUCACCAGUUCACAAGUUUCUUACGCUUUCCUCCUGUCAGAAAUCACGAUGAUUAUUUAUAGGGUUUCGAUAAUAAAUAGCAACGAUUCCAGAGUUUGAAAGUUCAACUAAGCGACUUGAUUGUACAUAAGCGUUUUUAUUUACAUACAGAAAAAGAAACUCUAACAUAUAUAAAUGAAAUUGAGUUCAUAAAUAUUGAGUUUUGUGAGUUUUUGAAGUUAAAUUAAACAAGCUUCUCAAAAGUCAAAAACUACAGAUUGUGGAAUGUUCAGUUCUAUUUGUUUGAAAUUAUUUGAAUUUUGCGAUAUUAAUAAUAGCGGAGACUUCGUUUCUUGUAAAAUAACCUGAAAUUAACGAUAGAAACUAUUCGACGUACCCCCUCCGAGGGUCUUAAUUUGCACAUGUAAGAAUGUGCCGAUUUUUAUUUCCGCUCUAAACAUUUUUUUUCUUUUUUAUUUUAACGUUUGUCACUUCGUUAUUCCUACGAUUUAGCAUAAUUUUUAUUGUACCUACACGGUUUCGCACCAUAUGUAAAACAUUCAUUUUCAUAAUAAAGAUAAAUUUUAUUAAA